AUGAGCAGUCCGAAUGCACGUCCUGCUGGUGAGGCUCCUGCGAGCAUAUGUUCCUUUGCUGUCCGGUCCUCACACAUCCCUCAGGUCUUUAUGGUCCAAGCCCAGUCCAAAGCGGCCAGCGUGGGGAUCAUCCUACCCCUUCCGCACGAUAUUCCUGUCCUUGCCCAAGUGGAAAUUGCGACGGCUCGCACCAUGAAAGCCGGCCAUCGGAUGGUCCCUCAGAUUGCUGACCACCUUCCUGCUGUCAUUCCUCGUGGUUUGACUGCGUGCGUUCUGUACGAUGACCCCGCUGUCCACGAGGACUUUGGUUUGGGUCACCCACCGGAUGGUCUCCCCGACAUUGGUGCGCAGUCGUCCUAUCCCCAUUUCCCUGGGAUCGUGUUCCUUAGUUCUGCUUUAUUGUCCUCAGGAACCUUGCGCCUUCGGGUUGAGACAUUGCGCAAUGCGGCCCGCGAACUGUACGAUGUCAUGCGCAGGAUCACCGGUAGACGCGAGUUGGCGGAUGGUACUUUGAGGCAAUUGCGGAUCACAGUUGAGGAGUUAGAAAUAGCAUUCGGGCUCAUCUUUGUCAGUUAUGAAAGAUAA